CGCUUCAAAGCAAGCACAUUGCUUGAACAGCUCUGAUGGAUGGAUGAAUGUAUCUAGCUCAAACGCCAGAUCAUACACGUUAUACCUGAGACCACAGACUGAUUUCGGCGCGAGUGGUCACAACAUGGAUACCGCAUUAAACGGAUAAUUUCUCUGCCGAUAUAUUGAAAAGAUAUUUACGAUGGCUGCUUCUAAAACGUUCCUUAUUACACUUCUGUGCGGUUUAUUUUCCUGCUUAUCGGCCUGGGACCGCUCAACAUUCCGAAGCCUCUUUGAGAAGGAGCCCAACAUGUAUCUCCUCAGUAGCAACAGUCCUCCUCACGAGGACGUAGAUCUCGAACAGUGCGCAAAACUCUGCGUCAAAGAAACCAUGUUUGAUUGCAAAUCGUUUGAUUACAUUGUUACCAUCAGAAGAUGCGUCCUCCAUGCUUUAGGAGAAGGAGACCCCGCAGAAACGCUGCAGUUUGAUAACAAGUUUGACCAUAUUUCUCGUGGUGGAUCCCUACUGAUGAAGCUACCGAAUACACGCCUGUACUCCGUCGGGUUGGGCUAUCAGAACCACACCUACCACAACGUCACAUUGGAGCAGUGCACAGAGUUGUGUGUUUCCAUACGGAAAUUCAAAUGCCUUUCCUUCGAUCUUUCAAAGGUUGGCGGCAUGUGUAUUCUGCACUCUGGGACAGUCCGCCAUCCCACGGAGCGGCUCGUGAAAUCCAAGGGGACUGACCAUUAUAAAACGGCUUACCAUCGCCUGUUCCGCCAGCUGCCCUUUCAUUCUAUCAACGUACCAUACAACCAUAAACACGAAUAUAUCGCUUCGCUAGAGGAAUGUGCCAGAAGAUGCAUUUUGGAAAUCAAAUUUAAAUGCAGGUCAUUAGUUUACAAGGAACUUACCGGUAACUGCCUCCUAUCGGAACAUAGCUCUCAUACGGACGUGGGGGGAGCCAACUUGCGCACGCACACGGAGGAUGCAAAUUAUUUUGAAAGGAUACCAGAUGGGGCACUUGAAUCCUUCGUUAACUUCGGCCUUGGCAACAUCAUGACCCAGUCAUCGGGGAACAUGCUCUUGGCGCAGUCGCCCGGCGAAUGUGCAAAGAGAUGCCUGGCAGUCCCCACGACACAAUGCGCAAGCUUCGACUACCAAACACUUACUAAGUCCUGCUUUCUAAGCAAGUACACGGCAGGGAGUGUCAGGGGCUUGGCGCUCACGCAGAGGGACCAGACAAUACACUACGAACGAAUAGAUGAGAAUCUAUCCUACUUCUACACGACUCCAUACGCCAUUGUGCCGGGAGCUAAUCUCCGAACUUUCCAUGGUAUCAGUCCCGAAAGGUGCGCGAGAUACUGCAUUGAGGAGGAGAUCUUUGUUUGUCGGUCGUUUGAUUAUAGGAUUAUGGACGCCGCCUGCCUUCUCAGUACGAAAACUGGAAGCGACGUGGGAGGAUUGUACAAGCAGCCGUCAGUUCAGCUGCACUACUUCGAGAUGAAACCCAUACUCGAUUGUGGUGGUGUGUUUACUGAUACUGCGGGUGACUUCGCCUCAAUGAACUGGCCCAGAGACUACGAUUCCAACAUCAACUGUACCUGGAUGAUCAAGGCACCCAGGAACAAAGUCAUCCACCUCAGAUUCACUCAUUUUGAUCUCGUAUCAGAAUCGAGCUGUUCGCAAAAUGGCGACCGUCUCGAGGUCACGGAAAUUACCGAAGGUGGCGUUCGGCGCGGCUCGACCACCAAGUGUCUUCCGUCGACCACGAAGAAUUGGGUUUCUCAAUAUAACGUUAUAAACGUCACGUUUGUCACUGAUAAUCAUCUAUCAGCGCAGGGAUUCAGGGUGUUCUAUUCCAUGGAAUGGCCUUGCACAGGUGCUAUCUUCACGGAAAAGAAUGGCGAAUUCGCUUCCCCAAAAUGGCCAGAGAACUACCCCAGCAAGACGAAGUGUAACUACCUCAUUGUCGCCCCAGCAGGCCACACCAUCCGGCUAAACUUCACACAUUUCGACUUGGAUUCUCACCUUCUGUCCGGAAACUGCAUUGCGCAGGCGGACCACGUAUCAGUGAUGAACGGAAGAAAUGAAUACGCGCCUAUGAUUGGCCGAUACUGUGACAGCCAAUUGCCCCCAUCGAUGCUAGAAUCGAAAGCCAACUUCAUGUACAUUGAAUUCUGGUCAGACGGCGAAGUGGUAAAAUCUGGAUUCCACGCGAAGUACGAAGUUAUCGAAAAGGGUACUUCCAUUGGUAAUACUGCUAGCAAAUAUGAAACCACAACUCGGAAAGGAAAAGGGAAAACAAUCAAGAAGGGCGAUUUGAAGGCGGAAGACUACACGGCACUGCUGGGAACUGGGUCGCCGAAUGUCACGGUGACGUAUGUACUGGCAAAUUCCACAGGAGACGACUCGGAUGGAAAUGGUAUCCUGACCUACAUCGUAAAGAAGCAGACAGCCCUGGUCGCGGCAAUAGUGCUGGCCGUUAUUGUUCUGGCGGGGCUUCUGACUGCUGGGGUUAUUGUCUGUAGGCGGUCACGAGCGUCUAUGACUAUGCGUCAAAACGAACGGGGGUACCUCCUUCACGACAACCUCUCCGUCUCCGCGAGAGUCAGCUCAAUGGAUCUGACUGAUGGACAUACAACAGAACCUCACUACGAAAGCGUCGACGAGCACACGCUCUUCAUCAACACAUUGAAUACCACAGGAGCCUUACAGAAUCCGACCUAUGACCGUACGAGUCCGGAACUGCCGCCGCGGCCACAGCCAGACGUUGUCAGUUGAGCGAGCAACUCGAAGCAACCGUUCAAAUCUUGACGCGAUCUUUAACGCAGGAAUACUAAACAAGACUGAUUUCAAUGUAUUCAAAGAGAAGCAGGCCUUCCUCGCAUACCAGGGGUUUUUAAGAUACUCCGCCUUUCAAUAUUUGUACAAUGUAUAUACAUGUAAUGCCGAAAGAAACCUGAAUCACAGCAUGUCCAUGGACUUUCCUGCUACAUUCUUCCUUUACGGAAAGAAAGGCCAUGAGACUUACCUGAUCGGGGGAUGAUUCCCUAAUUGUACGCUUUGCACCGCUCAGUGCUUGUACAAAGUGCUGUUGAGCUACUUACCAGUGUUUGAGAGUCGCUUUUGGAAAUACUUACAUGCAUGUUGCACUUUUAAGGCAGGGCAGCUAGUACGUCACGUUAUGUCCAAUAGUUAAAUUUACGCUGUAAUAUCCUGUCAGGAGGAAUUGCGGCCCUGUUGGAAGCUCUCUUAAAAAAACAACAUUUUAGAAGCCAUGGCUGUCCCUUUAAAACCUCAAAGGGAUUUUCAUUUCGCUGCAAAAUCUCUACAGUUAGUGUAUUAUUUCUAUAUAAGUGAUGGCCGAAAAGCCAAUGAUUUUUCUAAAUCUCAAAAAACUAUUUUUGAGAGUGUUGUAUAUAAAAAAAUAUGCAUCCAUUUAUUCAUGACUAAUACACGUUAUCAAAAUAUGUAAAUUUGUACAGAUUUUAUAAAACAUAUUGCACAUUGUAUCUCUGUAAAUAAAUUUGAAGACCACAUUAUGAUAAA